AUGACUACGUGGUCGAGGCCGGACUCCCAAAGGCUGGUCCUUCGGGCUCUAUCAGGAACUGCACCGCAGCACAUGAGCCCAGGUCUUGCCACGGGGCGUGAAUUCGGCGGGGCCAAUGAAGCCUUCGCUUCUUUCGUGCCUCAGCUUCGCAUACUGGCGCCUCUGCUUCUGCCUUCUGGGAGCAACGGGUCCGCAAGCGACCCGACAGCCGUCACGAUUCCUUCUCCACUCCGCAUCGAGUCCAUCCUCUCCCCUUCCGAUCCGCCGGACGGUGAUGAAACUACCAAUUCGUCUUCCUUCCACAGUACCCCGAAGCGCAAGUUUGGAGACGCCUUCGUCCCGGCGGCGAGAACCGGCGACCUGCUGCCCAAUCCACAGACGACGACGACCUCGUCUGCACAACUGUCGGUCCGGGAACCCACGAUCGCGAGGCAGCCGCUCCCUAGCAGUGCGCCGCCGCCACCGACAGCUACCGGCAGCGGCAUCGCGAUACGCGCCUCGGGUCAGCCCGCCGAGGAUGACACCGGUUUCGGUGGGGUUGCUGCGAUGAUGGUGGGCACAGAUGAUAGGAAGGCGAAGCGCGGCCCUCUGCGAUCCAGCAUAGCCUGUCUACGCUGCAGGAAGUCCAAGAUCAAGUGCGAUAACCGUGGGCCGACAGGUCCCUGCGACACGUGCAUUAAGACCGGCAAGGAUUGCCGCUAUCCAGAUCAGACCUCCGUCGCCCCCAAACGCCAUGAGCCGCCGGGUACGGCUAGGCCUGACCAGCAGGGCGGAUCGGAACGCAAGAGGCCAAGGAGGCAUGACGAUGCCUCGCGGCCGGACCCGCACUAUCCUGCUGCGGUUGCCGAAGAUGUCCUGUCGGCUCACUACCUGACCCCUAGCCUAUGGCACAAGCUCUUCGCCAUUUACACCCGCCACUUUCUGACCGAGCUCCCGUUCCUCCACCUGCCGACUCUCAAGGAAAAGAUUGGCAGGAAAUGCGAGGGAUCGCAGGCGGAUUGGUCCCACGAGACAAACCUCGUCUUGCUGGGCGUUCUGACGUUGACUGCCCGCUUCGAGCCUAGCCUGGUGCAAUACGUCGCGAACACGCGGUCGCCGCUCCCGGGGAGCGCCAAGACAAGGCCGGUGCAACUCAGCCCGGACUCGUCGGCUGCGUCCGAGUACUUUGCCGAGGCCCUCAUCACAGCACUCGGGCCCCUGAGCAUGUGCAUGACUGUCGCCUCUGUAGAGCGUGUGCAAGCUUUCCUCAUGCUAGGUCUAUACGAAUGGAUCCAGUCAAAACCGAAGACCGGGGGGCUCGGUGCGUGGAUGUACGUCGGUCUCGCCAUUCGGAUGGCUCAGGCCCUACGCCUCGGCUUCGGAGACAAGCGCGACCCGGCACAGAUCCACAGACCUCGUACCUUGAGCCUGCCGCCCAAGACCUCGGUCUCCCCAACGCAGAUGAUAGUGACGAAGGAGGUCAGGCGCCGGACCAUGUUUAGUUGUCUCAUUCUUGACCGGAUGCUCUCCUGCGGGAAGGACCGCGUGUCGACCAUCCGCUCUGAAGACCUGCAGAUCAGGCUGCCCUGCGCCGAGUUCGAUUUUGAUUACUCGACGGAGGUGACCCACAGGUUCCUCAAAGACGAGGACGACGAGGGGAGGUCGAGACCGAACAGGACUGACAGCGUGCUCGGGUGCUUCAUACGCCUGGUCGACAUCUGGGGUGAGAUCUCCAAAUUUACGUUCGCGGGUGGCCGGCUGAGCGAGAAGUGCGACAUACCUCCAUGGCACGAGGACGCCAAGUUCAGGCAGCUCCGCGAGGAACUCGAGGGCUUCUACACGGACCUCCCCGAGGUCUACCAGUGGUCGGUGACCAACUUCCACCGGCACGGGGGCAACUCGAGCGGAAGCAUCUUCGUGUCGCUGCAUAUGCUUGGCUCCGUCUGCCAGAUCAUGCUGCACCGCGAAUACAUCCCUUUCAUCCCCAUCAGGUGCAAGGGCCCCAUCGGGCCGCUGGAUGAGCCGACCUUCACCAGCCCGCGUUUCAAUGUGCCCGACGGGUUUUGGGAGGAGAGCGCGGAGCAGAUCUUCCGCGCAGCCAAGAAUAUCGUCGAAGUCAUACGCCUCUGCGAGGGCAACGUGCCAAUGUCGUCGCUCGCGUUAUUCGCCAUCUGGACGGCGGCAUUCGUCGGCAUCUAUGCGUUCCACUUCCCGCACAUGGACACCAAGGGCUACAUGCUCGGUCCCGGGGACAAGGACGGCAGGGAGCCCGGUGCGCUGAUAGAUGUUGCGCCGGAGGGGAGCGAGGCGACGCCGAUAUCCACGACAUACCAGACCCUCGCCCGCAUGUCGCAACAGCUGAAGUUGGCGGGGUCGUACGUCAGAUACUUCCACGAGAUGGAUCACUACUACCACAGGGUGAGGCAGGAGUUCUCAAAGUACGACAGGCAGAGCAGGUCGGUCGUUGGGAAUGGCGGGGAUGGGAAGCUCAGCAUCAUUCACGGGGGCGAAGGCGGGGGCCUAGAGGAGUGGAAAGUGCAAGGGUCGAAGAUCAUCAACAACGGGGCCAUCCUGGAGCACGACGAGAAGCACGACGGCUCGGAUAACCCCUCUCCGGACAGCACGGCCGAGCGCGGGUCCUCGUAUGGUCCCGAGGGCCACAGCUCGGCGAGUGCGGACCGGCUUGAGCGUGGGCGCACGCCGAGAUCCGCCAUGUCGGCCUCGACCUUCACGGCCAUCAACAGCAGCAGUGUGCCGUCGUCGUCGACCCAGUACGAGGGCGCCGCCCCGUCUCCCCUAGGACAGCUGGAACCCAGGGUCGACGGCCUCCUUGCUGGCGAUGGCGGCUGGCGCAACUACCCUGGCGCCUCUCACCACCAGCAGCAGCAGCAGCAGCAGCAGCAGCAACAGCAACAGCUACUUCAGUCGCCGACGCAGUCGCCGUACAUCACCAGCCCGCAAAUGAGCCAGAGGACGAUCGGGAGCCUCGCGAGCAUACCGCCGUACGCGAACGGGGGGCCCGACUUCAUCAACUACCUCAACAGCACCGAGCACGCGAGCUGGAACUUCGUCCCCGGCGGGCCCGACACGCUCGCGCACGGAAGCGACUCGCCGGACAUGUACCUGGACGCGCAAGGCGCAUUCUGGCCCGCGAUCCCCGAGGUCGGCAUCAUUCAGCAGAUCGGGUCGUAUGAUUGA